AUUAUGGGUCAGUUUUGUAAUUGCCUUCAAGGGUUAAAGCCGGCUUUGAUGAUGGUUGUGGUUCAGAUUGUAUUUGCUGGUGUAAAUAUUUUAUACAAAUUAGCGGCUAAUGAAGGAAUUAGUUUGAGUAUUAUUGCUGCUUAUCGACUGAUUUUCGCCACGGCUUUCAUGAUCCCUCUUGCUUUCUUUCUUGAAAGGAAAAGCAGACCAAAACUGAACUGGAAGAUACUGUUUCAAGCAUUUCUUUGUGGGUUAUUUGGGGGAUCAUUAACUCAAAAUUUGUACCUGGAGAGUUUGGCCUUAACAUCUGCAACUUUUGUUUCAGCCAUGAGUAAUCUCAUUCCAGCAAUUACCUUCAUUUUGGCCGUUUCAUUCAGAUUAGAGAGGGUGGGAAUACGAACAAAGGCUGGGAUGGCAAAAGUGUUGGGAACACUUUUAGGAAUAAGUGGAGCGAUGCUUCUCACAUUCUACAAAGGAAUUGAGAUUAAUCUUUUCUCAACAAAUGUCAACCUUCUUCAUCAUGGAGCUUCCAAUUUCACAUCUCCGCAUGCAGAACCCAAUAAGCACCUUAUUGGCUUCUUGUUGGCCAUUGCCAGUUGCCUCUCCUUUGCCCUGUGGUUGAUUAUUCAGGCUAAGAUGAGUGAAAAAUACCCGUGUCAAUAUUCCAGCACGGCAUUGAUGUGUGUGAUGGGAGCAAUCCAAGCUGCAUUUUUUGCCCUAUGCAAGGAAAAAGACUGGAGCCAGUGGAAGUUGGGCUGGGAUUUUAAGUUAUUCACUGUAGCUUACUCCGGAAUUGUGGCUUCUGGUUUAAUGGUGACCUUGGUAUCUUGGUGUGUGCGAAUGAGGGGACCUCUAUUUGCAUCCAUCUUUAAUCCUCUUAUGCUUGUGGUCGUAGCCUUUAUUGGUUCUUUAAUACUCGAUGAGAAGCUACACUUGGGCAGCAUACUAGGUGCAACAUUGAUCGUGUGUGGGCUUUACGCGGUGCUAUGGGGUAAAGGAAAGGAAAUGAAGAAAAGAACUCUAUUAGUGCCAAUUGAAGGUUUUGGAGAAUCUAAAUUAAUUGAUAUUGUUAUCACCUCGCAAAUUGACCAAACUUGUAAUACUAGUAACAUGGUUGAGGAAAAUGAAGGCAAAGAAGAAAAUAACAUAGUUGAGAUAGAGGUAAAUGGAGGUAUAUUUCCAAGAGAAAAAGAAGAAAGCGAUUCACAAGGUAAAGGUAUUUGA